GUUUGCUCCACUCUUUGCAAGUUGAGCACACACUUUUUUUUUUUUUUUUUUUUUGCGUCCCACAGCAGCAACAGAAGAGGAAGAAGGAGAAGAAGGCGAAGGACCAGACAGAACCGCAGAGGAGGUACAUUCAGUUUUUUCUUAGUGUCGCUUUAGUCCACGACUGGAUUGCAGAUGUUCCUGCAGCGUGGCGGACUUGCAUAGAAAGUUUGGUUUUUUAUUGAACAAAGAUUACGGAGAUAUACUUUUUAUUUUAUUUUUUUUUAAAUAAGCAAAGUUGCCUGCUUUCGAGCUUUCUUUCAAGUUUUGCUUGAAGCGGCUGUUGUCGUUCGUCCCGGCCACCCCCCCUCCUCUGCGUCCCCAUACAUGGAUGGUCCAGCGUCGGUCUCUGCAGCGCAGGCCGAGUUUGGUGCUUGGAAGGACGGCCAAAUGUGCCGCCAAGUCACCGCAGCACAGCGUUGAGGACUUGGUUCGGAUAUAAAAACAACAACAAAAAAAGGGAAAAAAAAGGGGUGAAAAAAGGAAAAAAAAGUAAGCCAGCAGACCCUCAGCUAUGGGUGGCAUGCACCUACUGAUGUGCUUCUCACUCAGUCAACUUUUACUGGAGUCCACUUCUGCUGCAGGAACCCACGACAAACUCUCGGGAAAGUUAAGUGAAUAUGGUCUUAUCGUGCCAUUCAGCACAGACUCCCACGGCCGCUACGUGUCUCACCUGCUCUCCACUGGAGGAGCUCCAGAGGAUGGAGAUGAUGGAAGCAGCGGCGGUGACAACGGAAGGAAGAGGAGAACCACCGGGAGACGAAGGGUGGCCCGCGGCGCCCCCGAGAUGCCCUCGUCGACCCGCGGCUUGUCGACCCAGCGCUUGUUUUUCAACGUGACCGUCUUCGGCAAGGAGCUGCACCUUCGCUUGAGGGCCAACAGGAGGUUGGUGGCGCCGGAGGCCUGGGUGGAGUGGCAGGAGGACUUUGAGGAGAAGGCCAAGGAGCACGUCCACAGGGGUUGCGUCUUCACCGGGGACGUGAGCGACAUGCCCGACGCCACCGUGGCCAUAAGCAACUGCGACGGACUGGCAGGCUUGAUCCGCACCAACAACGGCGAGUAUUUCAUCGAGCCUCUGGAGAAGGGCCAGCAGGAUGUGGAGGUGCAGGGGCGUGUCCACGUGGUCUACCGCAGGUCGGCCAUCAAGCGGGAAGCCGGCCAGCACGGGGAGGAGCUCCGCAAUGAAGUGGUCGACUUCGGCAUCGCCGACCUCCCGGCGACCUUGAACUUGGUGCAGAACAAGCUAACCGAAGCCGAACGCAAGCGAAGGCACACCAAGAAGGACGACUACAACAUCGAGGUGCUUCUUGCCGUGGAUGAUUCAGUGGUUCGCUUCCACGGGAAAGAGCACGUGCAAAACUACGUCCUGACGCUCAUGAAUAUUGUGGAUGAAAUCUACCACGAUGAGUCUUUGGGAGCCAACAUCAACAUCGUCCUCGUUCGCAUGAUUAUGGUCGGGUAUCGACAGUCCAUCAGUCUAAUCGAGCGUGGCAACCCGUCCCGCAGCCUGGAACAAGUGUGCCGGUGGGCCAACACGCAGCAGCGUGGCGACCCCGACCACGCCGAGUACCACGACCACGCCAUCUUCCUCACAAGGCAAGAUUUUGGUCCCGCAGGUAUGCAAGGUUAUGCUCCGGUGACUGGAAUGUGCCAUCCGCUGAGGAGCUGCACUCUGAACCACGAGGACGGCUUCUCCUCCGCCUUUGUGGUCGCUCACGAGACGGGCCACGUGUUAGGAAUGGAGCACGACGGUCAGGGGAACCGCUGCGCCGAUGAGACCAGCAUGGGCAGCAUUAUGGCGCCGCUGGUCCAGGCGGCCUUCCAUCGCUACCACUGGUCCCGCUGCAGCAAGCAGGAGCUGAGUCGCUACAUUCACUCUUAUGACUGCCUUCUGGAUGAUCCCUUCGAGCACAAGUGGCCCAAGCUUCCAGAGCUCCCCGGCAUCAAUUACUCCAUGGACGAACAGUGCCGCUUUGACUUUGGCGUCGGUUAUAAAAUGUGCACGGCCUUUCGUACGUACGACCCCUGCAAGCAGCUGUGGUGCAGCCAUCCCGAUAACCAGUACUUCUGCAAAACCAAAAAAGGGCCACCGGUGGAUGGUACGGAAUGCGCUCCGGGGAAGUGGUGUUUCAAAGGUCAUUGCAUCUGGAGGUCCAGCCAGGAGCCUCAAGGCCACGACGGGAACUGGGGCUCCUGGUCCAAGUUUGGCGCUUGUUCGCGGACGUGCGGAGGAGGAGUUCGCUCCCGUAGCCGACAAUGCAACGACCCCCCGCCGGCCUACGACGGCCGCGAGUGUCCCGGCUCGGCGUUCGAUUACCAGAUGUGCAACACGGAGGAGUGCGCCGGCCCCUACGAGGACUUCCGUGCUCAGCAGUGCCUCCAGAGGAGCAACAAGUACCACAACAACAUGAAGCACAACUGGUUGCCGUACGAGCACCCGGACGAGAGUCGCAAGUGUGAGCUGAGCUGCAUGUCCAAGGAAACCGGGGAGGUUGUCUUCAUGAACCAGGUGAUGCAUGAUGGGACCCGUUGCAGCUACAAUGACCACUUCAGUGUCUGCGCCCGAGGCGAGUGCCUGCACGUCGGCUGUGACAAGGAGGUCGGCUCGUACAAAGAGCAGGACAAGUGUGGUGUAUGCGAGGGAGACAACUCGCAUUGUCGCACUGUCAAGCUGACGCUCACCAAGACGCCUAAAAAGAACGGAAUGCUGAAAAUGUUCGACAUCCCCGUCGGAGCCCGUCACAUUGUCAUCGAAGAGAACGACACCUCCCCCCAUCUAAUUGCCGUGAAGAAUCAAGUCACGGGCAACUUCAUCCUCAACGGUAAAAGUGAGGACACCGAAUCAAAGACUUUCAUCGAGAACGGUUUACAAUGGAACUACACCAUCGAGGGCGGCGGGAAGGAGACCCUGCGGACGUCGGGUCCUCUGCAUGAAGGCAUCCUAGUGCUGGUCAAUCCGCGGGAAGAGGAAGCAAAGAUCAGCUUGACGUAUAAAUACAUCAUACACGAGGACCUCCUGCCUCUCAUCACCAACAACAACGUCCUCCUAGCCGAAUUGGACACUUAUGAGUGGGCUCUGAAGAGCUGGUCGCAGUGCUCCAAACCUUGCGGCGGAGGCAUACAGUACACCAAAUACGGAUGCAGGAGGAAGAGCGACAGCCGCUUAGUGCACCGCAACUUCUGCGAAACCAGCAAGAAGCCCAAACCCAUCCGUAAGCGUUGCAACGUUCAGGUGUGCAGCCAGCCAACGUGGGUCGUGGACGAGUGGAGCCCGUGCAGCAAGACAUGCGGGAAGCAGGGCUACCAGACCAGGGCGGUGCAGUGCAUGCAGGCUCUGCACAAUGGCACCCAUCGGCCCAUCCACAGCAAACACUGUACCGAGGACCGGCCGGAGCCGAGGAGGACCUGUAACCACACUGUGUGUCCCACACAAUGGAGGAUGGGGGCGUGGUCUCAGUGCUCGGUUUCCUGCGGCGAAGGUAUCCAGCAAAGGCAAGUGGUCUGCAAAGCUAGCGACAACACGGUGGGGGACUGCGAAGGAGACAAGCCCGAGACGGUCCUCAUUUGCAAGCUGAGCUCUUGUCCAGGCCAACCAGCGUCCCAACUCAGCACGGACAACUCCACCGUUAAAGACGAAGCCUUGCACCAAAGACCUCCUAGCAACCCUGUGAUUAAAGUCUCCUCAAAUGAGGCAUGUCAGGGCGAUAAAUCGAUUUUCUGUCAAAUGGAGGUUCUGGCUCGCUACUGUUCCAUCCCUGGAUAUAAUAAGCUUUGUUGCGAAUCUUGCAACAAGAAACUGGCCAGUCCAGCUCCCACGUCAGAGGAACCCCAGACCUCCACACCUUCCCACUUGGCCUCCCUCCAGUCUCCUCAACCCACCGCCACCCGGAAUCCAUUACAAACCACUAAAACCGCCAACAGACGACCGCGCUCCACUACGACCAGGCCGUCGACCACCAUAGCCUCGGCCUCCAGGGGCGGCGGCGACCUCUCCAGGGGUACCACCGUCGACACUCUUCUACCUCCGGCUCCGCCGACAGCCGAUGCCUCCGAGGAGCGCAGGCCCGACAGCACUUUAGGCCCGUUCGCCGCCAAGUCAAAAAGGGACCAUUUAGGAUCCGAGAGGGACUCCUCUGCACGCAAAGCCGCGUAGCGAUGACGCGCAUCUCACGUUUCUCCAGUGAGCAGACGGGCGAUUACCUCAUCAGACCUCAGAAAGAGUGAGGCUCGAGUUCUGUCCUUCGGCGGAAAAAAAAAACGCAAAGGUGCUGUAAACCGAAAGCAAAAAAUAAUGUGAUGACUGCGUCGCUUCCUUCCUGUUUGUUUCUGCGUACGCUUGUUGAUGUUUUUCCUCCGCGAAGUGCAUCAGAACUACUAGUGAACUUGUGUCGUGAACACGUGGGAGGUGCUAGCGGCGUCGACUGUGGAGGCUAGCAUAUGUCACGCAGGUCUUUUUCGAGAGUUCGAUGCCAAAUGCAUGUUAAUUUCCUUUGGUGGGGCCCGCCUAAUUAUACGAAAGAUAACCGUUACUACUAUCUAUCGUUUUUGACCUUAAGUGAUCUCAGAAGGUUAUUAUUUAAAGUGACAAAUUUUAAAAAUAUGGUGCCGUAGGAAUAUUUUUAUAUGCUAUUUGCCGACUUUUUGGACUUUUUAAUGAGAUAUUUAUCUUUGCGUAUCGGAGCAAACUAUGAAACUAUGACUUUAAAAUAAUGAAGUUUUGCAUGUGUUUGUAUUAUUUCUUAAAGAUAAUAUUUAAUUAAAAACGCAAGACAGCUAACCUUUCAGGAAUCGAACCUAUAGAAAGGAAAAUAGUAUGCAACACAGCGUCUGGCCUCCACAGUCAUCAUCCACGCAGGAAGUACCGUCUCGUUUUGGUUCCUGGUGCUUAAUUUUUUGGUUUUCCGAAUCCAAUUUUGGAGAUUUAUAUAUUUUUUUUAAGCGAGCCACGUCCACCUUGGGUGGGUGAAAGAUCACUUAUGCUUUAAAACCAACAGUACGAUAUCUAUUUUUCAGAUAACAAUGUAUAUAGUGUAAAUUCCCUCCAUUAGAAAAAAAAUAAUUAACAAGCAAAAAUAAUAAUAAUAAUAAUGAUGAUGAUAUGAGUGUGUGUAUGUGCUUGCCUGUGUGUGUGUGUGUGUGUGUGUUAGCCGGAAGUGCAGUCGCUGCUAUUGUGAUGCCAUUCCCGCCUUGCAGUGUAUAACGCCAUGUUUAUUGUACAGUUCUUGUAUAUACUGUAUGUUGGUGAUGAAAGCUUUAAAUGUUAAUAUUUAUUGAAUUUUUAAGUGAACAGUAAAAAAAAAAAAACAGUAAAAAAAAAGACGCAAUGAGAUUUGUGUUAUUUCUUAUAUAGCUUAUAUAGUUUAAUAACAUAAUAUGUUUAAUUUAAUAUAGUUUAAUAGGAACAAAAUACUGCAUAUACGGUAGAUAAAUGAGGUUUAAAAACUGGCGUAAUUUCUCACUACUUCAUACUUC